CAUGAGAUAAGCGCAAAAUUAAACGAUCAUUUUAUAUUAUCUCCUUAAGUAAAAUCUAGGACAUACGUAUUUUAUACCGAGUGCUAAGUGUAGAACAAAUGGCAAAGUUGUUUCCAAUAUUUAUUAUUACAACAUUUAUUUACACUCGGACAAAGUGUCUGUGUGAGAAGAUAUUUGAUCGAGAAACAGACGACUUUGAUUUUGACGGAUUUCCUGGCGCGUCACACGAGUUUAAAUUUGAACUUGUUGCCGGAAAGGAAGAAUGCUUUUAUCAAAACCUCGUUGCUGGUGGAACCCUUCAUAUAUCCUUUCAGGUUCUGCGUGGAGGCGAUGGGAUUAUAGGUUUAACUCUUAAAAAACCAGAACAAAACCCAUUGGACAUCUUGCAUUCAAUAGAGCCUAGCACUAGAGGAUACUUUCAGUAUGGCCCGACCACAGAAGACGGUGAUUAUGCAAUAUGUGUAGACAAUACCAUGUCUCGUAUGACAUCAAAGCUGGUUUAUAUGUUCAUUCUAACCCAUAUAGAGGAGCAAUAUACCUGGUACAUGGAUCUAAAGAAAGAUAAUAGACUUACCGAAGAAAACGUUACGACGUCAAUGCAAAAUGUUCAGGAAUCUUUAGCUGCGGCCUUUAUUUAUCAGGCUGAAAGAAGAAUGCACGUGGUUAGGGACUGGUACCUGGUCACUAGCAACAAUACGUAUAUCCAGACAUGGUCUAUGUGCCAGUGCUGUAUAGUAAUUGUUUGUUCUAUAGUUCAAGUGUUCUUCGUUCGAAGACUUUUCAGAGGUUAUAAUGUUAAACCGAAUUCAAAACCUUGAGUUUGGGAACAAAAUAUUUAUGUUUGUACCUUUAUUGACAAUAUUUUUAGCCAUCGUCAUGUGAAUUUCUUAUAUUGUUUUCCGAAUCAAACGUGCUUACCUUGUAAAGAAGAAAACUGAAAUGGUAAAAGCAGAAAACAUGGUAAAUAAGACUAUGUUCAAUCCAAUUUUCAUUUAACUGUUUGAAAUCAUAAUCAGCCUACAACCGAUAGUUCUGUAACACUAGUAAGGACGACGGCGAUCAGUUAACAUAACGGCUGCCCCUGGAUUUGUCGUCAAGACAGGAAACAAAUAUCCUGCCGUUGAAUCGUUACACGAAUCACUCAGCUAAGCUAACCGAUACACACUAUUUGAAUCAUUGAUUUAUUUUGUCGGUGAGGCUGUAAUGUAGUUUUAUUCGUGACGGAUCUUUCGUCAAAACAUCAAAACGCGACUUCUCGUAUUUUCACUUUCUCUCCCGCUCAAUCAAAAUCUUCAUAAAUAUUGCUGGCGUUUGACGCUGUCGCGAAGGUAAACUUACUUGCACCAGGGCAAUCGUCUUAGAGAAUAGUUUGAAAUAAAAGCGGAAUAACACUACAAGAAGAACUUUUUUGACACAUUAAAGUUGUCAGUAGAAUAAACAUUCUGGCUCAUAGUAUGGCAUUAUUUUACUAAUUUUCAUUCCUGGCUUCUAUCUCAAAGAUUUUAUCAGACCUUGUGGUCAACUUAUCAUGUAAUAAAGAUAAUCGACUAAAACAUCAUGUAAUUGAUGCCAAAAUAGGACGUUUGAAAAGAUAACUUCGGCAAGAAUAACUAAUGGUGCUCCGUUGGGGACAUUGUUGUUUCGCCUCUUCGCCAUGUAGACUGGCGAGGGCGAUAACACAAUAACACGAUGCGAAGACACGAUAUUAACACAGCACUUACGAAUCAUUUCAAUGCACUUUCAUCUGCUCGAUCUAAGGACGUUAUUACGAAAGUAUGUUAGGCGGUGUUAAUAUCGCAAUUUUCACAUCUUUCCAUUAAGCCGACUGGGCGAUACAUUGCGAAAACACAAUGCAGAAGUGCGAUGUUGUUCGCAUCGUAUUAUCGCAUCGUCGCCCUUACCAAUUUACAGUCCUAAUGGGCCCUACCCGAACACAGUAGAAAACAUGAUAUGGCGUGUUAUGAAUUUUUUUAAUUUCUCUGAUUGUUUGUUUUGUGACGUACUAAAUAAUGUUACACAGAAAAUUAGAGCAAAUGGGUGAAA